CACUCACAGACGCAUUUCUGCAACAAAGUCCUCACAAAUUUUGGAAUCCCAAUUUCAAGCGUACCCAAUUGCCUAUUCCCCACACUGCCCCCAAUCCCCUUGUCAUUUUUUCAAAAAGAUACGGGCAAUAUACUUUCCCAAUAAUUUUCCCUUUAAAAGACCAGAAAAGCGGGAGUCUCGGUUAAAGCCAUUGAGAGCGAGAGAGAGAGAGAGAGGAAUGUAGGAGGGAGGCUUCGGAGUGAGAAGUUUUAGAGAGUGUUUGGAGAGAGAGAGAAAGAGAGAGAGAGAGAGUGAGAAAAUAAAAAAAAGGGAAAGCGAUAUAUUUUCCGGUGAAAUGACGACAGGGAUUGUACAAGACCAGAGUCUGGAAAAGCAAAUGGGUUGCAUGGCUGGGUUCCUUCAGAUCUUCGACCGCCAGCAGCUUCUCGCCGGGAAACGCUUCUACUCCACCAAACGCCUCCCUCCUUCUUCGGCGGUGGAUUCGACGGUGGAGUCGGAGAAGAGCAUGGAUUCUCCGGACGUAUCGGGAGAAUUGGAGAAACAACAACAAGCGAGAUCGGCACCAUCGCCGGAGAGACUGAAACAGUCUCAGCUACCGGAGGUCCGAACUCCGGCGCCGGGAACUGUAACUCCGGCGGAUACUCCGACCAAGUCACCGCUUCCCUUCCCGAUUUUUGAAAUGAGAGAAGCCACAAGGACCUCAUGGAAGUUCUGCAAAGAUGCUCCCAGACUUUCUUUGGACAGCCGAGCCGUGGUUGAUGCUAAGGGAAGCUUAAAGCCCAGAGAGAUCCGUACAAACGCUGCAUUUUUGUCAUCUAGUCGAUGCGAUGAAGCGGCGGAGGACAGCGAUAAGCAGCGCAAAUCUCCGAGUGUUAUUGCGCGGCUCAUGGGGCUCGAACCGUUGCCGGAUGCGGAACCUGAACCGGACAAGAAAGCGGAGCUCCGGAGAUCCGCUUCGGAAUCCAGGGUUUCCAGAGAUCUGUUCCAGCACCGUUUCGUCGACGGAAAAAACAACAACUUCAACUUAAACUUUCCGAUGAGGCAAACUCAGGAACCGAAUUAUCAGAGUAACAUUCCGAGGACGGUGGUUGAAAACAAUGCAGCUAAUGAAACGCACAGUUUCGGUGACAGACGUGUGGAUUCCAAGGGAUUCGGCUUACGGAAUGUGAGAAGUGGGGCAGCGAAAGCGGCGCAGUGCAGAGGAAUGGGGCAGAGGAAGAGCUUCUUUGACUCUGCCGACUUCUUUCCGGAGCCGAAACAGAGCGUUUCGAUCUACGGAGAGAUUGAGAAGAGGUUGAAGAUGAGAGGGAUCGAAGAGCCGUCCAAAGACUUGGACACCUUGAAGCACAUCCUCGAAGCUCUGCAGCUCAAAGGUCUCUUGCAUUCCAAGAAACCUUCAAACCAAAUGAGCAACAGGAAUUUCGUUUACGAUCAUCGGAACCUUGAGUCUCCGAUUGUUGUCAUGAAGCCGGCAGGCACGAGAUCGCCGGUGAACCGGCAGGGUCGGACGGGGAACGAAUCUCCGCCUUCAAGCUUUAGAUCGAGAGCCGGAACCCGGCGGCAGGUGAACGAGACGUUGCCGGCGGUGAGCCCUAGGCGUGACCGGACGGAGAUUGAUCGGAGCGGACGGUACCAGACGAGAGAGAGAAACGGGAGCGGCGCGAAUAGCCCGAGUAGAAGAAGACCACCGAGCAUUGAAACGCAGAGGACAGUGAAUGUGAUUGAUUCGGUGGAAAACAGAAGGGUCUCUCCGGUUCAGUCUCCUAAGGUUAGUGGGAGGAGAGUUGGAUCAGAUCAACAAGUCACCACUCGUUCACCGAGGAUGAAACAACCGCCGGCCGAGAAUUAUCGCAAGGAUGAGAAAGUGUUUAGUACUCCAGCGGAGGACGAGUCAUCCACCACCGUUUCGGAAAGCAGUAUUAGCACUUGUUCAUAUGCUGAUACAGAGAGGUCCAAGGUGGAGGAUUAUAAGGAUGGUAGGAGCUUAUUAGAGAGGUGCGAUAAGCUGCUUCACAGUAUAGCUGAGAUGACGGCGACCGAGUUGCAGCCGAGUCCAGUCUCGGUGCUUGACUCGUCGUUUUACAAGGACGAUUCGUCGUCGCCUUCCCCAGUGAUGAAACGGAGCAUUGAAUUCAAAGAUCAACCGGUUGAAUUGGAAGAUGACAUAUGGAGCUUGGCAUUGUUUUCCAUGGAAUCAAAAUCUGAAGGGAAAUCCGGUGAUUGCGAGUAUGUGUACAUAUCGGAGAUCCUCAGAGCUUCGAAUUAUUUACCCGAAGACUCCGAUAUAUUCCUACUACUAGAGAAGCAACAGUAUCUCAAAGGAAAGGACACCUCCGAGGUCCCAAGACUCCAAAGAAGGCUUAUUUUCGACACCAUCAAUGAAAUUCUCAAUCGAAACAGAGAAUUACCACCGUGGAAGCCCAAUUCAUGGACCAAUUCCACAUCAUUGCAACAAAUUUGGUCCGAAUUUCAGAAGAUUCGGGAGACGGAUGCAUCGGAGGACUUGUUCGAGGUGAUCCGCGGGGUGCUGCGAAAGGACCUUACAGGGGAUGGCGUGAGUGGAUGGUUGGAUUGGCCGAUCGAGAUGUCCGAAGCCGUUUUGGAUAUCGAACGGCUAAUAUUCAAGGAUUUGAUUGGCGAGACCAUCCGAGAUCUCGCUGCCUAUUCAGGGAAUUGUAGUAAAGUCUCGGCGCCUCGUAGGAAGUUGGUGUUCUGAAGGGGUGAGGGAACAAAAAGGAGGCAGGCUUAUAUAGUUUGUUUGAUUUCUUUGGCUUCUUGCUCUCUGUCUCUCUGUCUCUCUCUCGUUUCUUAUUUGUUUUUAAGCUUUUACUAUCAGUUUUAGUUUGACCCUUUUUUUCCAACAACAAAAAAAAAAAAUUUGGGGAAAAUGUUAAAUCUAUGUACUCCUCCUGAGGUUCAGGCAAAAUCUAACCGUUACUUUUUCAAUAUGUAAAAAAGUUGGGAUUAUUGCUAUAUUUUAUCUUGGGAACCACAAUUGAGAUUUA